GGUUAGCCGGUUCGACCGUCGCCCGCGCCCCUCCCUUUGUUCUUGUUAGGGUUUUGACGGGGGUUUAGGCGACCAGCCAAAUCUACCGAUAGUUUUCGCGCUCUCGUUUCUAAGGACCCACGGUUCCUCCCGUUCUGGAUUCCGGAUUCUUUCACGAUCAUUUUUGUUGAGGACUUCCAUUAUUGGCCAUGAUUGGUUCACUUGUUCCAUUUCGUGAGAAUGGAGAUCUUUUGGAUGAAGUUGAGGGGUUUAGUUUGGCGGAUGGGACAUGCGUAAGGAAAAUGGGGUUUCUGCGUUGGAAGAUCAGAGGAGGCAUUUGAAAGUGGUCCUCAAGUCAGAUUUUGAAUAUGACCGAUGGCGGCGGUCCGAGUGGAAGAGUUAGAUGCCUAGGCGACAGCGCCUGUUCCAGUGGUCGAGGAGAUUUUGCCCGAGCUGUUGCUCAGAUUAGUGUGGCCCAGAUAUGUGAAAGUGUGGGCUAUCAGGCAUUUAGGCAAUCGGCACUGGAGUCUCUAGCAGAUAUUUCGAUUAGGUACAUUCAAGAUCUUGGAAGAUCUGCUAGCUUUCACGCCAAUUCAGCUGGAAGGACCGAGUCCAACGUGUUUGAUGUCAUUCGGGCUCUUAAAGAGCUCCAUUGUUCUGUUGGGUUUUCCGACGUGUCUGAAAGCAGCGGCUGCAGCCUUUCAGCAUCUGGUCUCAUCAAAGAGAUCAUGCAGUACGCAAGCUUGGCGGAGGAGAUACCGUUUGUUCGUGCAGUUCCACGUUUUCCGAUUAUCAGGGAAUGUAGAUUGGCCCCAAAUUUCUUGAGAAUCGGUGAGGCUCCCCCGGGUGCACAUAUUCCAUCUUGGUUGCCUGCUUUUCCUGAUUCUCACACUUAUAGAAGUACGCCUGUUUGGAAUGAGAGGGCAACAGACCCACGGACAGAUAAAAUUGAGCAGUCAAGGCAACGGAGGAAGGCAGAGAGAUCACUGGUGAAUUUACAGCAGAGAUUGAUGUGUAACGGGACCGCAACAACUGCGUUUAGUUUGGUGGAUGGGGAUUUUGGGGUAAGAGGAAAACAUAAAGAGGAGAAGCGGAUUGAAAACACAGCAUUCGGCUUGGUAGAUGGGGAUUUUGGGAUUAGAGGAAAACCCAAAGACGUGAAGCAGAUUGAAAAUCCUUUUCUUGCACCACCUCUUCCAUUUGGAGAGAAGGAGGUAUCUCACGUUACUCUUCUCCCCAGACUUUCUGACCAUAGUAAUGUUGAUGGCCAACCUAGUCUUCCUUCAGUGGUUGAGACAUUCCGCCCAGCUAUUGAAGCAGCAAAAUAUGGACUUGGGACGUCAAGUGGUAAUGGUGGUCCAACAGAUGAACAGGUUCUUCCCAGUGAUCGACCGGCUGUAAAUUUCAAGCUGGGGUCCCCAAAAAAUGUGUCCGGCUCGUCUAUGGGAAUGAAUGUUAAGAAUUUGCAGAAUUCUGGCAAGAACUCCCAUUGGUUCCCAAGGGAUGAGGAUAAGGAUGACAAGAAAAGAAGAGCAGAACAAAUACUUAAGGAAGCAAUAGAAAAUCCACAAGAACUUGCUCAGUUGUAAUGAUAUGGGUUGUUCGAGUCCGGGCCUUUUCUUUGUAAAGUAUGGUCUUAGAUGAGCUCAGUUGAUAUGCCAUGGUAAUUGCUUGGUCACCUUGUAACCAAAAGAAAUUGUGGUUUAUGCUGUUGGUGCUACGUCUUGGAUGGGGAAGUACGUUGUUGUUAAAAAUCUGUGACAUUAUUGCUGAAGAUUAUUCUAUUUCACAUUGGCAGGUUCACUGUAAGGUAUGAGUAGCUCUGUUCUUGCUGAAAUGAGAUCUUUUGCACAAUCUAUUCUUUAGAAAAGACUUCACUUCUCUUAA